AUGGUCACAUGUUUGUUGUCAACUCGCAACCAGGCGUUUGCGAGAUUGCUAGCUCAACUAAUUCGAAUAAAAUCUCAUUUUCCCGAUUAUCCUAUGAAGAAAAUACGUCUUGAUAAUGCUGCAAAAUUUUCAUCUCAAGCUUUUAAUGAGUAUUGCAUGUCUAUUGGAAUUGACAUUGAACACCCAGUAGCACAUGUUCAUACACAAAAUGGACUUGCAGAAUCAUUUAUUAAACGUAUAAAAUUAAUUGCAAGACUACUUAUUUUAAGAUGCAAACUUCCAGUUUCUGCUUGGGGACAUGCAAUUUUGCAUGCUGCAACAUUGAUUCGCAUCUGGCCAACGAGUUACCACAUCUCUUCCCCUUUACAAUUAGUUUUUGGUAAAAAACCUAAUAUUUUCCAUCUAAGAAUUUUUGGAUGUGCGGUCGAAAACCAUAACAGCGAACACGAAUACACUUCCAUUUUUCGGUUUCAAUCAUUGGAAGGAUGGUUAUACCUUAUACGCUGUAACCGUUUUGGACUUCAGUUUUCGCGUAAGCGUUACUUCGUUCUCGAUCAUCACCUUCUUCGUAGCUUCAAAUCCGUUCCCAAUUCCGACGAUCAGGAUCCUGUUAGAAGUGCUAUUAUGGAUUCGUGUAUUCGUGUAAUGGAUAAUGGAAGGGAGAGUAUUAACAGAAAAGUGUUUUUCAUUUUCACACUAUAUAACACUUCGAAUCAUAAUGAUCGAUUAAAGUUAGGAGCGAGCCGUCCUGAAGAAGCAGCGAGAUGGAUUCAAUGCUUUCAUGAAGCGUCUUUGAAGGGUGCCCCAGAAGAUAUAGGAUGUUCCAAGAGGAAAUGGCAGUCUUAUAGCUUAAGUGGAUCUUCCAGUAGAAAUCACCAAAAUUCUAUAGACUGGACACUCUCUUCUUCUGAUGUUAUUGCCCCAUCACCUUGGACAAUCUUUGGCUGCCAAAAUGGUUUACGACUAUUCAAGGAAGCAAAAGAUAGGGAUUCUGGUGGGAAGAAACGAGAUGAUCAUCCCGCAAUAAUGGCUGUUGGUGUGGUAGAUGGAACUUCAGAAGCCAUUUUCCAGACUCUUAUGGCACUUGGUCCUUCAAGAUCCGAAUGGGAUUUCUGUUUUUCCAAGGGGAGUGUAGUUGAGCACCUAGAUGGUCACACCGACAUUAUUCACAAGCAGCUAUAUAGUGAUUGGUUGCCUUGGGGAAUGAAAGGAAGAGAUCUGUUGCUGCGGCGUUAUUGGAGGAGAGAAGAUGAUGGAACCUAUGUUAUUCUUUACCAUUCCGUGUUUCACAAAAAGUGUCCUCACCAGAAAGGCUAUGUCCGUGCCUGCCUUAAAAGUAAUGUAUGCUGAAACUGUAGAAAUAGUAAACAUUUUUAUUUCCUUCUAUUAGCUGGUCUCAUACUACCUAGAAAAUAAAUUUAAUACUAUUGCAAUCAUGAUGUUGCUGCUUUCAUUCAUUUUCAUUCUGAACUUUAAGA